GGCGGCCAGGGCACCGUGCAUCUCGCCGAGUACCAGGGCGAGGCGGUCUGCCUGAAGAAAAUGUCGCAACUCGGCAUGAGCGCGGCGGACCGCCAGCGGAUGUUCUCCCAGUUCUCCAGGGAGCUCGCGAUCAUGGUCCGGCUCCGGUCGCCGCGGAUCGUCCUCGUUUUAGGCGUCGUGACGACCGACCCGUCGUACCUCGGGCUCGUCCUCGAAUACCUGCCGGGCGGCUCGCUGCGGGACGCGCUCGACGCCGAGGGCGCCGUCGACGCGGAGCGCCAGCGCGUCUGGUCCGCGGACGUCGCGCGCGGCAUGGCCUACCUCUACAAGUCGCGCAUCGAGCAUCGGGACCUCAAGAGCCUCAACUGCCUCCUGACCCACGACGGCCGCGGGAAAGUCUGCGACUUCGGCCUGAGCAAGUGCGACGACCUCGCGGCGACGCGCGCGACGGCCGGACUCUGCGGCACGCCCGCGUUCAUGGCGCCGGAGUACCUCGACGGCGCCAUGUUCCACCAGAAGUGUGACGUCUACUCCUACGCCAUGGUGCUCUACGAGAUCUGGACGCGGGGAUUUCCGUGGGAGGGUCUCUCGCCGCCCCAAAUCAUCGCCAAGGUCGUCGUCCAGCGGCUGCGGCCGGAGGUGCCGCCGUCGAUUCCGCGGGACAUGCGCGCGCGCAUGACCGCCUGCUGGGCGCACGACGCGUCGGUCCGGCCGAGCUUCAAAGACAUCGUGACGAGCCUC